AUGGCUGGUACCUUCGUCUAUGAACCUACAAAUGAAGAGCGUGACAAAGAUUCUUUUUUCAUCGUUGCCAAAAUCCGCAACCUUUUUGAGCAGCUGUACUGGGCUUAUUACAUUCAUCUACCAUAUUAUUUGAUGAAGAAUGAAGAGGCAUUCUUAUUACACUUGUUCUUUUUAGUGGUGCUGACAUUAUCUAUAUAUGCUGUGUUUGCAAUCUUGCCAUAUAAACUUUUUGAAGGCUGUGAUAGAUUAUGUUAUUAUUUGACUGGUCAAGAUUUCAAACAACAAUUGACAAGAUUAAGCAGUUCAUAA